AGCAUCGCGAGAGUUGGUUGCCUUGGCUGCAGCACACAGUGACGCUGAGGGAUGUUUAAGGUUUAGCUUCAGAAAAUAAGAGAUUUUCCCUGCCCACCAGCCAGGAGGAGGAUGCACUCUACAAGAAUCACCUGGAGAAACCUGCAUGAUUGUCAGCAAGAGAUACACAUUACAGCCGCUCACAACCGGAUCACAGAUGUCUGCCAGACAGCCACUAUACACAGUGUUGUGAAGAUUCACGCCCUGUGACUUGUUUACAAGCAGGACAAGACUGUUGCCGUCAAUUUGCACGCUGUUGCUUCUGUUUAAGGGUGUAGCACAAAAACGCUGCAGUGAAGAUCACCACGCCUCCCACAACCCAGAAAUUUCAGUAAAGCGGUGUGAAAUUCCACAACCAAGUCCCAGAGAGCAGUUAACAAGGCCAAGAGACGGUAUUUGCUAUUUUCUGGCUGAUGCAAGAAGACAACAAGAAGCCAACGCCCUUGGAAAAAACACUUUACAAGAGAAAACACUUUUUUUUAUAUAUAAAAUCAAACUAUUGGCCCAUUUGAAGAAAAUUUGUACACCUACAUGCUUCUUUUGGAUACAACUUUAACUCAUUUCCUCACAGCUUUGGAAAGAUGAACUUGGGGUUCCUAUUAAGCAGAGGGACGGUUUAAGUUGAAACUAUACAGAAUUUCUUCACCAUGUCAUGGAAAAGAAACUACUUUGCAUCUGGCAGCAGUGGGUUACAGGGCAUAUUCACCCCACGAACCAUGACAUCAAUCGCCCCAAGCAAAGGCCUAAUCAACGAGCCGGGACAGAACAGCUGCUUUCUAAACAGCGCUCUCCAGGUUCUCUGGCAUCUGGAUAUCUUCCGACGGAGUUUCCGGCAGCUCACCACACAUAAGUGCAUGGAGGACUCGUGCAUCUUCUGCGCUCUGAAGAGCAUUUUUGCACAGUUCCAGUUCAGCAGUGAGAAGGUGCUGCCCUCUGAUGCUCUCCGCUGCGCUCUGGCCAAAACCUUCCAGGACGAGCAGCGAUUCCAGCUCGGCAUUAUGGACGACGCGGCUGAGUGCUUCGAAAAUAUCCUCAUGAGGAUCCACUUUCACAUCUCUGACGAGACCAAGGAGGACAUCUGCACAGCCAAACACUGCAUCCCUCACCAGAAGUUUGCCAUGACCCUCUUUGAGCAGUGUGUGUGCAGCAACUGUGGAGCCUCCUCAGACCCUCUGCCCUUCAUUCAGAUGGUACACUACAUCUCUACCACCUCUCUGUGUAACCAGGCCGUGCGGAUGCUGGAGUGCCGAGAGAAACCCACUCCAGACAUGUUCGGAGAGCUGCUGAGGAACGCCAGCACCGUGGGAGAUCUGCGCAACUGCCCGGGCAACUGUGGAGAGAAGCUGCGUAUUCGGCGUGUCCUGAUGAACUCCCCAGAGAUCAUCACCAUCGGCCUGGUGUGGGACUCGGACCACUCUGACCUGGCAGAAGAUGUCAUUCAUAGCUUAGGGACUGUCUUGCGGCUCGGAGAUCUGUUCUACCGGGUGACAGAGGACAAGGCCAAACAGGCGGAGCUCUACCUGGUGGGCGUGGUCUGUUACUAUGGCAAACACUACUCCACUUUCUUCUUCCAAACCAAAAUCCGCAAGUGGAUCUACUUCGAUGAUGCUCAUGUAAAAGAGAUUGGGCCCAAGUGGAAGGAUGUGGUGUCUCGCUGUAUAAAGGGGCAUUACCAGCCAUUACUGCUGCUCUAUGCUGACCCCCGGGGGACGCCAGUGUCCGCUCAGGAUUUGGCUUCACGUUUAGACCUACAUCACUACACAAAAGCGUACUAUGACAGUGAGGAUUCAGGGCGUGAGCCGUCAAUUUCCAGCGACACUCGUACCGACUCCUCCACAGACAGCUAUAGCUAUAAGCAUUCACACUCCCACCACGAGUCUAUGGCCUCCCAUUUCUCCUCUGACUCCCAGGGAACAGUCAUCUGUAAUCCUGAUAAUGACUCUGCCUCUCACAGCAGCCUGGAAACUACAGGUCCUUUGACUGACAGUGAUACAGUGCAGCGUCACACUCUCAGAAAAGACGGGGUCUUGGACAGAAAAGCAGGAGUUUUAGACAGGAAACGAAGUGCCAGCAGGCCACGAAAAUUCGAGGCUCGGGGUGAUUCAAGGAAUCGUGUCUCUAAGACAGAUGAAGUGUUGUCUGCCGGAUACCACAGCGAAGGUGAGACUUUAAAAGAGCAGCAGGUUCCUCGUUCCCUACCUAAACCAAGCUCCAGUCGACUUCGAGACUUUAAGGAGACUAUGAGUAACAUAAUACACAACAGGCCACUUUCCGCAUCGUCCUCUGGAUCUGUUUGCCCACCCGACUCCACAAUUAAAGUCAGAGACUGGGAAGCAGACAGCACCAGUAGCGAGUCCAAGUCAAGCUCUUCUGGAGGGCGAUACCGUCCACCGUGGAAGCCUCGGCGUGAGGCACUAAACAUCGACAGCAUCUUUAGCAGGGAAAGACGCAAGCAGGCAGGGUAUAGUCCACUAGGAGCCCUGUUGUCUGAAGACACCGGACCUCAGGUGGGCUUGAUGUCCACAAAGCAGAUCACUUUUCAGGACAUACCAGGACCUCUAAGACGAGGCUCAGAGCAGCCCCCUCGGCUCAUCCAGAGGAUGGAGAGUGGCUACGAGAGCAGCGAGAGAAACAGCAACAGCCCUGUCAGUCUGGACAUGCCUGUUAGCGAGGCCACCACUAAUGGCAUGCACAGCUUACAAGAAGGAGCGAUGAUAAAGCCUCCACCUGAUGUCAAUCCGUCAUGGAAGACUGUCACCAAAUCCAAAAGCAGCAGUGCCCUAUUGCAGGACGUCAAAGCAUCAGUCAAGGGCAGCAGUCACACGAGUUUAGCAGGUGAGGGCCGCAGUGAACUGGACGAGCUUCAGGAGGAAGUGGCUCGCCGGGCCAGAGAGCAGGAGUUGCAGAGACGAAAGGAAAAGGAGAAAGAGGCAGCCAUGGGCUUCAAUCCCAGACCCAGCAAGUUCAUGGAUCUGGAUGAGCUCCAGAAUCAAGGGAAAGGGGAAGGCUUUGAGCGCUGUGUGUUGGAGGCAGAGUCUUUGUUAGAUCAGUCUCUGAGGCUGGAACAGGCAGGAGAGGUGGCCGCCGCUCUGUCUGUGGUUAACGAAGCAAUGUCUAAACUCAGGCAUACCUUGCAUGAGAGCAGCGCUAACGCUCAGGGCAGGAUGCAAAAAUGCAUGAGGAGAGCACGAGGUCUGCAGCAACGCAUGCAACAGAAGCAACAGGAGGAAGAGAAGGAGCAGAAACAGCCCCUCAGUGAACAGUCUGUCCCGGUCCAAAUACUUCUGACAAAUGUUAAAGAAGAGGAUGAGAAGGCCAUUUCAGAAGAUGCAUUAAGACCACCGUCACCUCUCCACAUAAAACCUCAGUCUACAAGUAAACCGAUUUCUGAAACCCCAGGCCCUCCUGUCCCCUCUUACCAUACAGAUACAUGUUCCCAGAAGGACAAUACAGGGGACCACCCUAGUUCUCUUGAUGUGACAGAAAAUGAUCGGGGUCCUAGGGACCUUGUAAUUAACACAAACUCUCUUGUACAAACUGCUAGUAAACGCAGUCCUGCCACUGUGCCUGUGAUUGCAGCGAAUGGCUGUGAGGCUUCCCUGCAGUCCUCCGUUUCGCUCAACACUCCUGCUUAUUUCAGUGCCCGUCUCACACCUUCCACCACUGAUCACUCUGAAGAAGGUCUCCAGAAUCCCCAUCGUCCUCAGUCUCUCCAUGGCCUGUCCCAAGCACCCCAUGCCUGUCAAAAAUCACUCCCUGUUCCCUCACGUAAUUGGUCCUGUCGCAGUCUGGAGCGUCCUGAUAGUCGUCCCACCACGCUGGACUCUUCCAUGUAUUCUCCAGUAGACCUCAGUUCCCCAUCGUCCCCCUGUCCUCCAUUCCUGUCUUCACCAGUGCUGGAGCAGCGUCCAGCCGGCCCCAUGCCUGUGGAACGUUGGGCAGAGAAUGUCAAUCGAUACUACAAUUCCCAGAAGUGUGCGCGGUCGGGACGUGACUCGCCCUGCGAGGAGCUGUCGGAGCUGGACUCACUCUAUCAGGCCAGCUUGAAGGCUCCCAGCAUACCUAGAGCCACACGGGGAACCAGCCCUCAGCUUGCCAACAGAUCAGGUCCUGCUGUUUCUCGUAAACACAGCACUGGAUCCUCUGCCACUCUUGGCCGCUCCAAAACCCCCACAGCAGAGAUUGAGAGGAGUGCCUACAGGACGCCAACGUACAGCACUAAACCACUUCAGAAGCCUGUUUCUGCUGCAGCCUAUAAUGAACCGCUGGGUGAGGAUGAAUCAUACAGUGCUGAGAACCUGCGACGAAUUGCUCGGAGUCUCAGUGGGACUGUUGUUGGAGGACGGACUGACGUACCCCCAUCUCGCAGCUUUGACCCUCAUGUCUCCAGGAUGUCCAAGCAUGUGAAUGUGCAACUCCCCACACAUCGCUCCAGCACAUCCCUGCAUGUUUUACCACUUCCCUCCCACAAUCCACCAAUGUUCCCUCACGAACCACCGCCCCAACACCUUCACUCGAGCCACCGUCCUCACCCCGUCCCUACAUCAUCACACCUGCACCAGCAGACACUGAGGCCCCCUCAUGGACAAACAGGAGACUGCCAAAAGACCAACAAGUUUCUGGCUGUGCUUGACCGGGGUGAAGCAUUCUCCCGCGAAAACUAUCACAACGUCGCACUGAGCUACGGCACUCUUCCUCGGGCCCCUCGUAGGUCAGUUUCAUCUGGGCCCCCAGUGUACCAAAUGAGGCCAGGAUCCUUACCCCGAAACCACCCAGACGCAGCCUACGCCACACUAUCCCGCCCUCACCGCACUACAGCACCAAGUAGGACGAUGGAUGGAUUUUACAGGCAACCCCACCAACACCCUUCAUUAACAGCUCCAAUCCCGCAUCACUCCAGCCGUCAUCACCCGCACACAGAGCCGCCAACUCAACCCCUCCGCCUCGAUGUUCCCCCUGAGAGAGACUGGAGAGCUGCUAGGGACACUCACGUCUUCCCCAGAACAGAUCCCCGUGGAGGGACGUCCCGUGGCCAUCCUGUCUAUAUCUGCGGGCUGUGCAAACAGAACCCGGCUGAACCCACUAGAAGCUACUGCCAAGCCUGCAGAGCCCAUAUGAGCCACUACAGGAUGACCAGCUGAGUCCUGCAUCCUUCAGCGCACUCAUUCUCUGACUUGGAAGUAAACACAAGACCCCUUGCCAAUUCUCCGAAGCUCUUCACACAGUACAAAGCAGCAAGAUCUUGGGAGCUGCUUUGGCUAAAGUGAAAGACAAUGACGUUGCUUUGGCUCAGACGUGAUUGUGGAGUGAUCAUGUUUUAAUUGCAGCCGCUGCGUUUAAAUGGCGUUUUACCUACAGUAAACGUUUCCACUGCUAAUUCGGCUGCAGAGUUGAGUUAGCCAUCUCUGCACAAAAGCUGUGAAGAACAAGAGCACUUUGCUGCGUGGGACGCCGCAUCGUAACUGACGUGAACACACUAAAAGGAUGAACUUUGCCUGCUGAUAUACAGCGUCUGCUCUGUAUAUGCACAAAUACGCUUUAGUUUUCAAUUAGCAUUCCAAGCUAACCUUACUUAGUUCUGUGAUUGUAAUUUAACUAUGUUAACUCAAGUUUAGUGCACUUCAGAAGUGUUAAGUUAGAAGCGUUCCUCUGUCGUAACUUCUCCCAUUUUUUGGGAAAACGAUGUUUGUGUGUAACUACUUCAUUUAGAGGGCUGUGACGUCAGUGUGGGUGUGUGUGUAAGUAAUCAGAGGUACAUCAGAUUCCUCCAGUGUACCAACAGUCAAGUUUCAGACACCUCAUUAGCGUUUGUGUUGAUAUUUUUGUGUACAGUAUUGUUCUGCCUGACAGUAGCACCAACACAUGUGAUCUCUUCAAUUGUUUUGGUUUUGCAGUAGCAGCAGUUUACCGUUUUGAUUUAUACGCUAUAUCUUACAUUAACUGUUAAGUGCAACACUAUUUCAUGGUUGUUUUAAGACUUACUGUAGGUGAACAGAAGGACAGAGCAUUCUGCAGUGCCUUGGUUUGUGAAAGGCAACGUAAAUAGGUGCCAGACUGUGUCCAUAUGUUAGAUUUCCAGCCAUAUAAUAAUCCAUAUUAUAAUAGUGCUAAAUUCAAGAGUUGCAGUACUCAACUAUUUCAAUUUUUCACCCCCAAUGGAGAAUGAAUGCCUUUUAUGUUGAUUUUAGGUUCACAGACGCUGUUGAAGUGAAACUUGUGGUCUGAGAUGGUUCAUUUAGUUAGUCUGACACAUUGAGAAUGUUAGGAGUAUCUUUCAGCAGUUAGCUGAGUUUGAUGGUGCAAUGUGCCAUUUCACGGAGAUGAAAGUGUUACCUGCUCAUAUUUCUGAAACAGGGCCAAACUUUUUUGUUUUCAUACAUUUUGGAGCAUGUCAAAUACCUCAACCAAUAACAUGCUCUUGUUUUUAUUUCACCAGAACAGUUUUGCAUGUACUAUGGUUACCUAAAUCAGGACCUAACGGUGAAUCGGAGUGCCUCUGCAUUGAAUUCCCACUCGGCGAUUUAUCUAAAGCUUUUUUGUUUGUUUGUUUGUUUGUUUGUUUGUUUUGCCUGGCCAAUAUGCAGUGCAACACUGCCCUGGCGUGAUUACUGACAACAGGGAUCUGUGACUGAUUUACCCAUCCCUUCCUUUCUUUCGGAGUUAAAUACAAACAGAUAUGGCAAAAAAAACAAGGCUGUAUAUAUAAAAUUGUGUAAAGAUAUUCAGUCCUUGAUCUUAAGAUGGAUUCGGAUUUGUUGUAAAUGCUGUGCUAGAAAUGAAACUUGUAUUUUUGCAAUAAAGUUAUAUUAAGCUCCAGUCAGGAGCAGAACGCUG